CUUUCCGGACCUGGCUGAGCAAGAGGCGCCAUCAUGGGAGUCGACAUUCGCCACAACAAGGACAGAAAGGUCCGCCGCAAAGAGCCCAAGAGCCAGGACAUCUACCUCCGGCUGUUGGUCAAGCUCUACAGGUUCCUGGCCAGAAGGACCAACUCCACCUUCAACCAGGUUGUGCUGAAGAGACUGUUUAUGAGCCGCACCAACCGGCCACCGCUGUCCCUCUCUCGGAUGAUCCGAAAGAUGAAGCUUCCUGGCCGAGAAAACAAGACGGCUGUGGUGGUUGGGACCAUAACAGAUGACGUACGAAUUCAGGAGGUUCCCAAGCUGAAGGUGUGUGCUCUGCGCGUGAGCAGCCGGGCCCGAAGCCGCAUCCUCAAGGCUGGAGGCAAGAUCCUCACCUUCGACCAGCUGGCCCUGGACUCGCCCAAGGGCUGUGGCACCGUGCUGCUGUCCGGGCCACGCAAGGGCCGCGAGGUGUACAGGCACUUCGGCAAGGCCCCGGGCACCCCACACAGCCACACCAAACCCUACGUCCGCUCCAAGGGCCGGAAGUUCGAGCGUGCCCGAGGCCGAAGAGCGAGCCGCGGCUACAAGAACUAACCCCAGACCCUGCCCUGUCAUUAAAAUCCUAUUGGCUG